GUGACCCCAGGUCAGAUGAUCGAUCACAUGCCUUGCACGGUACCAGAGUUCCGGAUCCGCGAACUUGUCUUUCCACUCUACUAAAAGCUCGACAACCUGUGAAAACAUGGCGUGGGGGACACUGUGGACCUUCUGCGGGAUGGCGGUGCUACUGGUGCCGCUCGCUGUGGCGGACACUCCCGCUAACUGCACUUACGCAGACAUGCUGGGCACCUGGGUGUUCAGUGUGAGUCAAGGGGGGAACGACAAGACCCUGGACUGUACGGAUCCUGGCCCAGCUACCAACAACAUCACCGUGCAGUUCUCUCACUUCUCCACGGCAACUGUGAUGUCAUCUGGAGGCUACACGUUUGACGUGAACGGUUACUGGACCCUCAUCUACAACCAAGGCUUUGAGUUCAGGGUGCUGAACAGGAAGUUCUUUGCCUUCUUUAAGUGGACGGGUGAGGGAAAGAACGCCACCAGCAUGUGUAAUGAGAUCAUGCCAGCUUUGGAUAAACGCCGGCAGCCCUCCCCACCGCUAGCUAUCCCUCACUGUAGCAGCUGA